AUGGUAUUUUUCAAUUAAUUCUUCAGUAAUAUUGUCAAAAUGAAAGAGAUAACUUUAGCCGUAAUAGUUAUUUCUAUAGUUGGAACCUCGGGGUUCUUAAUAAAGAUUCCAAGUAUGACUAUGCAACCUGAACAUGAUAUAUCAGGAUACAUCCAUAUGCAGAAGAUGAUGUUACCGUUAUUUGAAAACAUCUGUGAAGAAAGUAGUGAUCCUGUUAUUACGAAGUUAGCUCAAGAAUUUUCACUGGAGAAUAUUGAAGACUACACAAAUCCAAAUGUUAUUACUGACUUACAAAAUCUCCAGUCAGAAAAAGGACUUUUAUCGAAAAAUCAAAUAUUUACGGAAUUCAAUUCUGAAUAUCGAAAUGAACUAAAAAUAAUUUACUCGGUCAUGCUACAUGCAAAAAAUUUUGAUACAUUCUUCAAAGUCGCAGCAUGGGCUCGUCAAAAUACGAAUUGUGGAUUAUUUAUUGAUGCUAUUUAUUUAGCAAUUUUAACAAGGCACGAUUUAUCAAGACUUUCUCUACCGGCUCCUUAUGAAUUGUUGCCAAAUUAUUUCAUUCGCAAAGAUAUUAUUAUCAAAGCAUCAUCUUUACUGACUGAUACAAAUAUUACUCUAAAUGAAUAUGUAAAGGAUGAAGGAAAUGCUUAUAUUUUGGAUGCAAACUAUACCGCUGAUAUCAAUGAUGAAGACGAUGAUUCCAAAUUAGCAUAUUUCCGUGAAGACAUUGCAUUAAAUUCUUUUUACUUCUUUAGAAAGCUUAUAAAUACUUUUUGGUCUUCUACUAAUUCAAAUGUGAAUAACAGAUAUGGAGAAUAUAUAUAUGAAUCGAUAAAGCAAUUAGUUGCUAGAUAUGAUUUAGAAAGAUAUUCUAAUGGAUUACCUGAAUUAGAAAGUCUGAAUUGGGAUUCAACAGUUAAUAGCUACGACCCUAUGUUAAUUUAUUCAACUGGAGUCAAUUUUGCACACAGAACUGCUACUUACGAAUUACCAUCAGUAAGUGAUGGUAUAGAAUUUCUACAAAAUAUUGAUGCAAACAUCGCAGAUGUGGUAACACAUUUGAAACAAACUGGUUAUAAUAAAACUCAAAUAAUAAACCACCUGGUGGAAAUAUUUAUUACUGGAGAUAAAAGCUACGAAACUUUAGCACGAAAAUGUUUAGGAUAUGAUAGACCAAAUGAAAUAAGACAAUAUUCUGUAUUAGAUCACAUCUUGACAUCACUACGCGACCCCGUUUUCUGGAAAUUGAAUAAAAAGAUAGUAGAGUUAAUUGACAAUUCAAUAAAAGCAUUCCCAGGUUAUUCAAGAAAUGAAAUGUAUUUCCCUGGGGUGGAAAUUCUAAACAUUGAAACAAAAAAAAUGAUUACUCAAUUUGAUGACUUUCAAUUCGAUGUUACUAAUUCUUUAAAAUCCAAAGUCACUAAUAAGUCUUUCCAAGUAAAAAUAAGUCAACCAAGACUAAAUCACAAACCAUUUGUCAUUAAAGUUAACAUUUCAUCAUUUGUGGCUCAGAAAGGAUUGCUAAAAAUAUAUUUAGGACCGAAAAUGCUACCGGGUGAAUAUGCUUCAAAUAAAAAUAGCUUUGUAUUACUUGAUUCUCAUGAAAUAUCUCUCAAAAAAGGUAUUAAUUUGAUAUCAAGAUCUUCGAAUGAAAUGAAAAGAUAUUCUAGUGAUUUUACUCCACUUCGUUUCCUAAUAAAGAGAAUAGAAGAUGCAGAAUUUGGAUUGGAAACCUUACCGCUGAAAGCAAUAGAUACACAAAUUGGUUAUCCUGACCGAUUAAUUUUACCAAAAGGUUCUGCUAAUGGACUUCCACUACAAAUAUUUGUAUUCAUCGCGCCACUUUCAAAAAUCAUGUCUAGGAAUUCGUUUUCUACUAUAAACAAUAAGUUUAACACCGCUAUACUAUCUCCUGGAUAUCCAUUUGAUUUAUCAGUUGAUGAUUAUCAAUUAUUUAGUCUACCAAAUGCAAUGACUAAAGAAAUUCUUAUUGCUCAUAAAGACAACAAACAAAACUAUAAUGGUGGUGAUAAUAAUAGGAAAUGGGAAGCCAAAAAGAAUAAUAAUUAUUAUAAUAAGGACUACUCAGAACAUAGAGAAGAUGAAGAAAUAAUGAAUAAUAAUAAUCCUGAUAACACCGAGUCUAGUACUCAUGGAAUGCUGAAUUUACGACCUGAAUUUACUAAAAGGAAACAACCUGCUGACUAUAGUUCAAAAAGAGGUCAAUAUGGACAAAAAAAUAUAAAAUCGUAUAACAUUAACAACUCUGAAAAUAAAAAUCAAAUCGAAGAAAAUAAUGUAAAAACUAACAAAAAUACAUUUGGUAAGAAUCCUAAUUACGAACAGAAAGAUAUUUUUGAUUAUAGAUCUAAAAAAAAUAUGUAUGACAACAAAACUCACUUGCCAAAAAAAUAUAAUGAUUAUAAAAAUAAUGACAGCGUGAAUAAAUUUAUAUCUGAAGUAAAUAAUACCGAUUUUCCCACAGAAAUAUUGAAUGAUGUUAUGGAAAAUGGAACACAAAUUACGGAUAUUAUUUCUAGAGAUACAGACAAAUCUACAGAUGAAGUUUUUAAUGAAAUUAAUUACAAAAACGAUGUUGUAGACACUUCCUCAAAUAUUCUUGAGGAACCACAAAGUAGCAGGUGGAAUUUAUUUGAUUACAUACUUCACUCUUUUGAUGUCACAAACCCCGAAAAAAUGUAUGAGCUAAGUUAACUACACAGUAUCAAUUAAUUUUAUUAAUAAGCUGUUAUAAUUAAUAUUAUA